AUGGCUUCAAGUAGAGAAGAUACCGUUGUUCUUCCAGCACCGGCUCACGAUCAAGCCUACGUGACCAUCUCAGCCCUCGAAGCCGGCCAGCUUACUCUUCCCGAGAGACUCUUCGUCACAGAUGCCGACCCAGAAAAACGUGCGACAGUCCCAUCUCUCUCUUUCCUAAUUCGACACGGUGCAUCCAAUCUCGUCUUCGAUCUCGGUCUCAAACGCGACUUCUCUGGCUACCGGGAAGCACAACAGCAUCAUAUCGCGCAACGCCAGCCUACCAGUGUCAGUCCGGAUGCAGCUGAGAGCCUGCGAAAAGGUGGACUUGACCCAAAAGAUGUGGACGUGGUGAUGCUGAGCCAUGUUCACUGGGACCAUGUGGGUACAUCCAGCGAUUUCACAAACGCGCGAUUUGUGGUCGGAAGUGGCACUAUGCAUCUUCUUGCGAACGGUGGUGGACCACUCUAUCCAGCCGAGAUAUUCAACCCUGAUGAGUUGCCUGCCGACCGAACGAGUGAGCUACCACCUGUUCGUAAGGCAGAAGCUCUACGCGCGUUCAAGAACCAGUUAGAAGAACUUGAGUGGAAGCCUUUGGCGGGGUUUCCCGCCUCCAUAGACUUCUAUGGCGACGGAUCAUUAUUCAUCAUCGAUGCACCAGGUCACUUGUUCGGACAUAUCAACCUUCUCGCUCGAACAGGACCAAAGAAAUGGGCAUAUCUUGGUGGCGACUGUUGCCAUGACCCACGCAUCUUGAGCGGCGAGAAGCGUAUCGCGCUCUAUGACGACGGCAAAGGGGAAGGCUUUGAGAUGCAACGGCAACAUACCGAGGCGAUGGAAGGCGUCACGAGGACUUGUGCGACCAUAGUUGAGGAACGCAGGGCCGAACUCGAACGGCGAGAAAACAAAAUCAAGGAGCGCCAAGUUGAGCUCCAGAAAUGCAGGGCGCGACUCCAGGAAGCCGAGACCCAGGUGGAUGUUGCUCGAAGCUGUCUUGCCACUAUGGGGCAGAACAACUACGUAACACCUCAGUACACCGCGGAGACGAACGACGUCUAUACAGACACGGAUCAUGAUAGACUCUCGAGUCACCCGGCGCCCCCUCCUUAUUCGCCCCCCAACGAUCUCGAUCACGAAAGGAUACCAGCAGCAAGUGACGCGCCGAUAGACGGAGACACAGAUCAACUACACCAGAGAGAGCGCGAUCAUGGAAGCAGCGACUCUGAUAACAGCAGCGAUGAACGCGACUACCAUGAGCGGAGGAGAAAACUCAUCGCAGAACUUCUCCCUCUUUACAGGGAGAUUGGCAAGUCAAAGAGUGAGCUGACGAAACGCAAAAGAGAAGCACGGGCGCCCCAGGAGAUGAUCGGACUGCUUCGAAGACACAUCAGCCUCAUGGAACAAGCGAUGGGUCCGCUGAAGCAGUUGGCGUUCGAUGUUGGGGAGUUCGAUCCUUUAGUUGAUACCGCGAUAGAGGCCGUUACGGGAGGACCGAUAUCCCUAGGAUGGUGA